AUGCCAUGUCUGAAGACAUCUACACUAGUCAGCCGUGUGAAGAAAAGUGAGUUUUACUCUCUGCAAGUAGACGAGUCUACAGAUGUUGCAAAUCUGGCCAAUCUUCUUGUGUAUGUCCGUUACCUUUUUGAGGGAACGGUACAAGAAGAUUUUUUGUUCUGUCGGCCCCUUGCUACCAGAACAACAGGAAAGGAAAUCUUCAAUUUAAUUGACGUUUUUAUGAGGACCAAUGGGAUCGACUGGGAGCGCUGUGUGGGAAUUUGCACAGACGGGGCAAAAUCAAUGACGGGGAAACACACGGGGCUUAAAGCUCAUAUUAGGAGAGUCUGUCCAUCCAUCAGCUGGUUACACUGCAGUGUUCACAGAGAGGCCCUCGCAGCCAAAAACAUGCGAGCUGAUUUACUUGCAGUGCUGAACGACGCAGUCAAACUGGUGAACUUCAUCAAAGCUCGCCCGCUAAAUUCAAGAAUAUUCACAGUGUUAUGUAAUGAGAUGGGCAGCGAACACAAAUCACUGCUGCUGCACACAGAGGUGCGUUGGCUGUCCCGCGGCAAAGUGCUGACAAGGCUCUUUGAACUCCGGCGCGAACUGCAGCAGUUUUUGAGGAGAAUCCGUUUCAUUUGGCCGCCAGUCUGCAUGACGAAGAUUUUCAGAAGAGGCUCGCCUAUCUAG